GAAAACAGUAAUCACAUGAGAGAAUACGGCAGGAGAGGGGAUACCGAUCCCAUUUUUGAGAGACCAACCUAAGCUCUUCCACUCUCCUCUGCCUUCUCAGAAAACAAACUCACGCCGCCGCCGUUUUCUUCUCCGCCGUAACUCCACCUUCUAUUCAGCUAUUGCCAAUCACACAAACUUCUCUAUACUCAAACCCUCCACUGCCACUGCCACUGCCAGGGCUUUAUUUUAUUGUUCAAGUGGAAGGCGAGUAAGUGGCUUCUAAUCCGGAGAUUUGAAUUCUUAUUUAGAUUCACAGUGAACAACGGAUAGAAAUGAUUGUAGCUAGACAUUUCUCUCCUUCAAAGCUUAAACCGCUCUUUUAUUUAUCACUCCUUUCCGACUGCGAAAACCACGUGCAGUCUAAUCUUUUUACAACCUUAACGCCGAACUCCCAUAUCCAUAGCCUUGCAAAUUUUUUACCUCAUCCAUCAUGUAAUUUAUUUAGGCAUUUCUCUUCACAGCCGGAAGAGUCAGGAUCGAAACAAAAGUUACCGUUUUCUCGUGAGGGUAAUUAUGAUGAAGGCACUUCCCAUUCUCUUCAUGUCUGCCCUGGUUGUGGGGUUUGUAUGCAAGAUUCCAACCCAAGACACCCUGGUUAUUUCAUCAAACCAUCUGAGAAGGACAUAAAUUAUAAACUGUAUACCCAUCUUGAACCUGUUGCAGCAGAGCCCGAAUUCUCUAAUACUGUUAAAAAAGGUUUUGUUGUUGAACCUGAAAAGCUUAACAGUAUUAGUGAUGUUGACUUGGUUAGAAAACCAGAAAAGCCAGUGGUAUGUGCACGCUGUCAUUCGUUGAGGCACUAUGGGAAGGUGAAGGAUCCAUCUGUGGAAAACUUGUUACCGGAUUUCGACUUCGAUCAUACAGUGGGAAGGAAGUUGGCAUCGACAAGUGGGACCCGUUCAGUGGUGCUUAUGGUUGUGGAUGCAGUGGAUUUUGAUGGGUCGUUUCCAAGGAAGGUUGCAAAGUUGGUUUCUAAGACAAUUGAAGACAACUCUUCUGCGUGGAAGCAGGGUAAGUCAGGGAACGUGCCUAGAGUAAUACUUGUAGUCACAAAGAUUGACUUAUUGCCUAGCUCACUGUCGCCGACAAGAUUGGAGCAUUGGAUUAGGCAAAGAGCUAGAGAGGGUGGCAUUAUUAAGAUUACUAGUUUGCACAUGGUGAGUGCGCUCAGAGAUUGGGGACUUAAGAACCUUGUGGAUGAUAUUGUUGGUUUGGCUGGAUCUAGAGGGAGUGUGUGGACUGUUGGAGCACAGAAUGCAGGAAAGAGUACAUUAAUAAACUCUAUAGGGAAGCAUAUUGGAGGGAAGAUUACACAUCUGACGGAAGCACCUGUUCCAGGGACUACGCUCGGCAUUGUUAGAGUCGAAGGUGCUCUUCCAAGUCAGGCAAAAUUAUUUGAUACACCCGGCCUUCUCCAUCCUUACCAGAUUACAACAAGGUUGUUGAGGGAAGAGCAAAAGCUUGUUUACAUGACCAAGGAGUUGAAACCUAGGACAUAUAGAGUUAAGGCUGGUCAUUCGAUUCACAUAGCUGGUCUUAUGAGAUUGGAUGUAGAAGAAACGUCCUUGGAUACCAUCUAUGUCACAGUGUGGGCAUCUCCUUAUCUUCCUUUGCAUAUGGGUAAAGUAGAAAAUGCAACUAAAAUGUUCCAAGAACAUUUUGGACACCAAUUACAGCCACCAAUUGGAGAGAAACGAGUCGAAGAAUUAGGGAAUUGGGUUAGAAGGGAAUUUCAUGUUGGUGGAAACAGUUGGGACUCGAGUUCUGUAGACAUUGCUGCUGCUGGCCUUGGUUGGUUUGCCAUUGGACUUAAAGGGGAGGCUGUCUUAGGUGUUUGGACUUAUGAAGGAGUCGAUGUUGUUCAGCGAAAUUCUUUGAUACCCUAUAGAUCAAAUACUUUUGAAGUUACAGGAUUUACUGUGUCGAAGAUUGUCUCACAGUCUGACCGAGCUUCAAAUAAGCCACGUCAACAAAAUGACAAGAAGACGAAGCGGAUCGACUCAAAAUCGCUAUCCAGUUCGGUUGAAUCACCACUGUUGACCUCUGAUGGAGGCAAUUAAUAAUGAUGUCAGUUUGGAGGAAAACACUGAUAUUUCUGACUUACAAAAUAUCUUAGUUUUAUAACAUAGUUUUGCAGUAAUGUCUUAUCCAAAAUCCAAUCUAAGUUAAUUCUGAUCUGUAUCAGAUUCCUUGUUUGUUUGAAAGUGGUGUCAAAAUAGUUUCAGAAAUAUUUUAUGUUGUGUUUUGUAGUUUAUUAUUGCAGAUCAGAAUUGGCUCUCAAUGUUUAGAUCCUUGUGAGUUAGUUGAAGAGGCUUAAUAAGAUUAUUAACUUUGCAUCCA